AUGGCUCUGCUCUCGGAACAGUCUCACUGGGUGUGCACGUGGACAGCCGCAGGAAAUAACCUGGAGCGCAGCAAAAAGCCUGUCCAGCUGCAGUGGACAAUUGCAUGGAAGGAUCACUCCCCCAGGCGUUCCCUGCCCUGGGCGGUCAGUACUCACCCCAAACGGCGAGUUGAAGAUGUCCGACCCAUUUUCUGGGCCUCCAGGCCGAAGAGUUACAUCUACCGAACUCAGGAAUGGGAUGAGUUUCCUAAUGGCCGCUGGGGUAACUCAUCCUCCCCAGCCUUUGGGGAGCUGAAGGAUUAUUACCUCUUCUACCUGAAGAGCAAAUCUCCCAGGGACGAGCUGCUGAAGAUGUGGGGCGAGGAGCUGACCAGCGAGGAAAGCGUCUUCGAGCUGUUCAGGUGUUACAUCGCCGGAGAGCCCAACAAGGAGGGGCACAAGGUGACCUGCCUGCCUUGGAACGAUGAACCUCUGGCGCCCGAGACCAACCUUAUGAAAGAAGAGCUGGCCAAGGUGAACAGGAGAGGGAUCCUGACCAUCAAUUCCCAGCCGAACAUCAACGGCAAGCCCUCCACCGACCCGAUUGUGGGCUGGGGUCCCGACGGAGGCUACGUCUUCCAAAAGGUAACAUGGCUGGGGACAUUAUGCUCUUCUCUCCUUCCCUUCCAUCUCUCAGUCCAAGCAGUUCUGUCCUCUUUCAUAAGAUCAAUUUUUGUGUGAAAGGAAGAACCACACUGCCUUUCGUGGCAAAGCUUUAGGCACUUCCAGGGGUCAGGCUGGAUGACCUCUGGGGUCCCUUCCACUCCACAGUUCUGCGAUUCCAAGUCGUGUGCUAUGGCAAAUUAGGAAGGUAGAUUUGUUUGACAUGUUUAUAGGCUGCUGUUCAGGGUCCGGUUUCAGGAAAUGCUAUACAUCGCUCAGUAGGGAUAGGAACACAGGAAGUUAGUUGUCUUUUAACAUGAAGUCAUAUACAGUGGUACCUUGGUUCUCAAACACCUUGGUUCUCAAACGCUG